AUGGCGGACGCGGCCGGGAAGGCGCAGGCGGCCCGCGAGGUGUGCGCGGCGUCGGCUGCCUUCGCGUCCUGCCCGCACCGCCGCCGCUCCCCGCGCCGCGCGCACUUCGUCGACUGGUACCUCGUCCUCGCCAUCGGCGAGGCCGCGUCGGAGGACGCCAUCAAGCGGCGGUACCGGCACCUCGCUCUGCAGCUGCACCCGGACAAGAACAGGCAUCCCAAGGCAGAGGUCGCCUUCAAGCUCGUCUCCGAGAUACGUAAUUUACACACGCCUGCGCACGCGUGCCUGACGGACAAGGCGCGCCGGAGGGCCUUCGACGCCGAGCGCUCCACGGCCUUCUGCGCCGCGUGCCAUGAACGUCAGCAAUCCCGCGGAUCCGUCGCGAAGCAGGGCAGCGGCGGGAGGAGGCCGCCCGCGCCGACGCAGGCGCUACGGGAGGUGCAGAACCGACUGCGGGACGAAUGCCGGGUCAUCGACGACUGCCUGCGCGCCAACGCCGCCGGCGCGCGCAGGCGCCAGUCCUUCCCGCUCUUCGACCCGUCCGACCGGCAGCGCUUCCCGGACUACCCGCACGCCCGGCCCCCGCCGUCGUUCGCAGAGUGCCGGCAGUUCGAGGAGGAGGAGCUCGGCGCAGGCCACGGCCACCAGAGCUGGUGCACAAACGGCAGCUGCGAGUCGCCGGUGUACCAGGUCAGGACCGCGCCGGAGCGCGCCGCGAGGACGAACCGCCCUUGGUGAUAUAUGAUGUGCUCACAGGCUCACAGCAGAGCGCACCAAUUAACUCGCUCUUUUUCCUCUCAUUUUGAAGUCAGAUUCUCAUUUUGAAGCACACAGCAGACAUACAGAUUCUCAUUUUGAAGUCCCUCACGUUUUACUACACGAUAGAACUCACAAGAUCUUUAUUCA